AUGAGUUCUGUUCUCGAGCAAUUGAAGGCCAGUUCUGUCGUUGUCGCCGACACCGGUGACUUUAACGGUGAGAGAGAGAAAGAGAACUAUAUUAUAGACGCUCCUUUUUUCCAGCUAUCAAGCAGUUCCAGCCGACCGAUGCGACCACAAAUCCGUCGCUCAUUCUUGCCGCUUCCAAGAUGGAGCAGUACGCUGCUCUUAUCGACGAAGCCGUCGUUUACGCGAAGAAACACGCGAAAGGCCACCAGCAGACCGUCGGGGCCGCCAUGGACCGCCUGUUCGUAGUGUUCGGAAAAGAAAUCCUGAAGACGAUUCCCGGAAGAGUUUCGACCGAAGUGGACGCCCGUCUCUCGUUCGACACCCAGGCAUCCAUCGAUCGGGCUCUCGGACUGAUUGCUCAGUACGAAAAGGAAGGAAUCUCGAAGGAUCGCAUUCUCAUCAAGCUCGCCUCUACGUGGGAAGGAAUCCAGGCGGCCAAGUGAGUGCUCCAGCCAUUCUCCUCGCAUUCUCCCGUUUCAGGUAUCUGGAAUCAAAGCACGGAAUCCACUGCAACAUGACUCUUCUUUUCAACUUUGAGCAGGCCGUCGCUUGUGCCGAGUCAGGAGUCACCCUUAUUUCUCCUUUCGUCGGCCGCAUCAUGGACUGGUUCGUGAAAAACACCGACCAGAAGACGUACACUCGCAAGGACGAUCCGGGAGUUGUGAGUGUGGCUCGCAUCUUCAAUUACUACAAAAAGUACGACUACAACACCCAAGUGAUGGCCGCCUCUUUCCGUAACACCGAAGAGAUAAAGGGCCUGGUCGGAUGCGACCUCCUCACAAUCUCGCCGGCUCUUCUGACCCAGCUCGCGGCGGAGACGGAAACUGCUCCGGUUGUUCUCAACAAGGCUCACGGUCAGAUAAAUUGAAGUCACUGCCGUCUUUUACUCUGCCAAUUUCAGCGAAAGAGCUCGAUCUUCCGAAGGUGACAGUCGACGAAAAGACAUUCCGUUGGGCCCUGAACGAGGACGCGAUGGCCACCGAGAAACUUGCUGAGGGAAUUCGCAACUUUGCGAAGGAUGCCAGAACUCUGGAGAAGCUGAUCGAAGCAAAACUCUAA